CUUGUUGAUGAUCUGUUUUUGGGAGCAAGGGCAUCAUCUACGUGACACCAUCGCGGCAGGUGCUCGAUGCAAAAUUACCACAUCUUGGAGCGCAUUGGCGAAGGCUCGUUUGGGAAAGUCUAUCGUGGCAGGAGAAAGUACUCCGGACAUGUUGUUGCGCUAAAGUUCGUGUCGAAGCGGGGCAAGUCGGAGAAAAAUAUGUCCAAUUUGCGCCAAGAGAUUAACAUCCUUCGAGGCUUGAACCAUUCGAACGUGAUUGCCAUGCUUGAUUCGUUUGAGACGGAGGGGGAGUUUUGCAUGGUCACUGAGUAUGCGCAAGGCGAAUUGUUUCAGAUCCUGGAAGACGACCAUCAAUUGCCGGAAGACGAGAUCAAAAAGAUUGCUGUGCAACUGCUACAGGCGCUCCAUUACCUGCACACGAACCGCAUUAUCCACCGUGACAUGAAGCCACAAAACAUCCUCGUGGGGCCGAAACAGCAAAUCAAACUGUGCGACUUUGGAUUUGCCCGCGCCAUCUCAGCCGACACGAACGUGCUGACGUCCAUCAAAGGCACACCGCUCUACAUGGCGCCGGAACUGGUGAAAGAACAGCCUUACAAUCACACGGUAGACUUGUGGUCGCUCGGGGUCAUUUUGUACGAGCUCGCGGUCGGGCGCCCGCCGUUCUACACGGAUAAGAUUGUGACGUUGAUCCAGUUGAUCGUCAAGGAAAACGUAAAGUACCCCGCGACGAUGAGCGCCGAGUUCAAGAGUUUCCUGUCCGGGUUGCUGCAGAAAGAUCCAUCGAAGCGCAUGACGUGGCCCGAUAUUCUCAAUCAUCCAUUCGCGAGGGAAACCGCGCUCCAAAUACAAGACCGAGAGGCGCUGGAGAGACAAGUGCGGCGGUUGCCUACAUUCUACGAGGCCAACCAAAAGCUGGCAAACAGUGCCCUCCAGCGCAGCGUCGAGUGGAAGCCCGUCGAUCCACAAACUGGACAAGUCAUCGACACGCCCGCUGUUGUCUCUUCCACACAAAAGAGCCACGAUGAACUUCGCACGCCGUCGCAAGCCCAAGACAAUUCGGAGCUCGUCCGAGUGUGGAGCACGUACGAAAUUGACACGACUGGCCAUGACGCGGGGUAUCUUCGUCUAUUCGAUGCCCCGACGUUUAUUAGUCAUGUCAACCAAGCUCUGACCUGUACUGACUCAGUGUGCCUCCGUACGGCGCUGUACGUCGUGCACCGAGCGCUGCAACAAGUGGUCAAAGCUAGCAACUCCCUGGACGCAAGGCACUUAGUCAUUGUUCAGAACCUCCGCGCAUCCUUCCUCGAACACCUGCCCCAUGUGCUUUCAAGAAGCCGGGACAAUGCAUUGCAAAUGGUGCGGUCGCUCAUGCUGCAGGUGCAGGGGGGAGGUGACUGCAAAGCCGACGUUGGUGGGAUCUUGUGGUUGUUGCGAGAGAGACAGGUCGUGGCAGAUGUCCCGCUGCUGUCAAAGGUUCUGAAAUGGCUCGGCACGUGCUUGGAUCAUGAAGCAAACGCCGCUAUAGUGUUUCAAGGCAUCGUCCACGACAAGGCGGAGCUGAUUCCGGCGCUUUGCGGGUUGCUCGACCAUGAAGAUACGAGCGUAGCUACAUACGCUGUUUUUGCUCUAGCAUCGUUGGUGCAUCCCAAUGGCGCUGCAUGGAACAUUGACAUUGCUUUUCCCGCGACCGCGGCAGCGAUGGUUGACAGCCUUCCCGUGGCUCAAGACAAGAUCCAGCGAUUGCGCUCCACAUAUGCACUGCGCAUCAAGAUUCACACUGACGUCUCCACCGCACUGUUCAAAACCGGAUUCUCAUCAUUAUUGGCCAAAGUCGGCAGCGAGCUUGACCUACGAACGCAUGAAGUCGCGGUCGACGACGACAAUGCCCCCCACACUUUGCUCACAAACCUGCUCAAAGUGCUCUUUUACAGCUGCCGAGUGUCGUCGCCACUGUCGAAACGAGCGGUCAAGACUGUCCAGCUAUUCCAUGCACCCACAGUGCUCGAUCGCAUGAAUGGACCCGAGCGGUACUUUGCGCUCGAAUCCAUGGCCGUGUGCCAGCGGCGAGGAGUGCUGUCGGCAGAAGCGUGCGUUCACCAGCUAUUUCAAGUCGAGAUGACUCGAUCGAGGCCGCUACAUGUCUUGGACCAAAGUGCCAUGUGUACAUUACUAUCUGAAACAGUAGAAGGUGAUGUGUCUGGAGGAAUGGCCAAGGCGGCGGUCGAGUUGGUGCCCCUUCUCUCGUUUGCGCUUCCGUCCGACGACACGACGAACGACCUCUUAUUUUGCUUUGGUCUGCGGGCAACCGGCGUCCUCGACAGUUCGGUGAUCGCUCUAUACCGCAUCGUGGCGUCGUUAAAGAAACAUGGACAAGCGGACUUGCUCCACCAGGUGCUCAUUCAUCUGGAAGCGUACAGCCACUGGCCAGCCUUCUGCACGCUGCUCAAGACUGGCGGAAACGACAAAUUGUCUCCGUGGGGAUUGUUUUGCUUGCUCAAGCUCAUCCGAGUCUUGACUGAACACAUGACCGAAACGGACCAGUUCCUUCCCCCGCACUUGGAGCGCCAACGCACACUGGUGCCACUCCUUGUGUCGCUGCUUCGUCCGGCCCACAUCCAACACUUGCUCGUGUGGCCGGAUGAAGUAGGCGGCGGCCUUCAAGCUGUCAAAGCAAUGGUGCACGCAAUCGUCAAGAUUGUUAGCAUGCCGUUUAUGAGCGCAGACGUGUCGGAGGAACUUGUGUUUCAAACCCAGGAACUGUUGUACGAGUCGGGGUGCGUCGGGCUCGUCCUUGGCAUCCUCAGCCAACACGCGUUGGAAAUGGAGCUCCUGGUCAAGUUUUUGUCCCGGCUCGUCACGAGUUCACCGCAUUUUGCCAUGCAAUUCGUCGACGCGAACGGCGUCGCCCUCCUCAAGUUGCAAGGGCUGCUGCAGGGCACGACCGCAUCACUUCUUGUUCAGGACGCGCUUGUCCUGCUCUCCCACAUUGCGCGGUCGUCCCGAACGCACUACGGGAACAUUGAAGCCGCCAACAUCCUGGUCGAGCUCCGAGACCUGCUUGCGUCGACGGAUGCAACCCUUCGUGCCAAGACGUGCAACUGCGUCGGCAACCUCAGUCGUCACUCCAACCACUUCUACGAGCACUUUGUCCAGCCAUUGCCGCCGACGCAGUCGAGCAUCGUCGACGGACUACUCCAAUGUGUCCAAGAUUCGGAUGUCCUCACCCGUCGAUACGCGUGCUUUGCCAUCGGAAACGCGGCGUUCCACACCGACCAGCUGACUCGGGUGCUGCAGCCCGCAAUUCCACACUUGGUCCGUCACCUUCACGACCAUGACGUGAAGACAAGGUCCAAUGCCGCAGCGGCCCUCGGGAACCUUGUCCGGCAGUCGGGAACGUGCUGCGUUGACUUAGUUGUCCACCGUGCGCCGUAUAGCCUGCUCGAAUGCGCAUUUGACGAAACUGACCUUGGCACGAGACGAAUUGCACUCUUUUCCCUCGGAAACUUGUGCGAGUACGAACUGUGUCGCCAGUCUAUGACGUCUACCGAUGCCUUGUUCGCGCAUUCGUUGGAAGGACUUGGUGACGACUCGACAGAUGAACUGGUCAAAAAGUACAUUCGACGGAUCCUGUCGAAAUGGCCCGUCGCCAGCGGCGGUGGAUCCCGCACUGCUCGCUAACGAACUUCGAAAUAUGCAUGGUAUUUAUUUCUGGUCGUGCACAAAGGCACUGCAGCACCACCGUUUU